AGAACUUAACCCUGAGUUUAUGUUUAAAAAAAAUCUCUUCAAAAAACAUGGUCAACUUACUGAGAAUUUCAUUUUAGGUGCCAGUGAAAGUGUGGGAAAACAUAUGCUUGAAGCGUGCAACAACAAUCUGGAGAUGGCUGUCACUAUGUUUCUGGAUGGUGGAGGCAUAGCAGAGGAGCCUAGCACCAGUUCUGCAGGGGUAUCUGCUGUUCGACCACAUACAGAGGAUGAAGUGCGAGCUCCAAUUCCUCAAAAACAGGAAAUUUUAGUAGAGCCUGAGCCUUUGUUUGGAGCUAGUUUUCAUGUUUGCUGUAUGAAGCUGGUUCUUGCUUUUGCUUUAGAAACAUCUUUUGCUCUAAUUAAAGAGUAUACCUUUAAAAUAAUUAUUGAAAUACUUCAAACAGAAACCAUUCGACAGGAACAGGAGCUACGAAAUGGAGGGGCAGUAGAUAAGAAACUCACUACUCUGGCAGACCUCUUCAGGCCUCCCAUUGAUCUGAUGCACAAAGGCAGCUUUGAAACGGCCAAGGAGUGUGGUCAGAUGCAGAACAAAUGGCUCAUGAUAAACAUUCAGAACGUGCAAGAUUUUGCAUGUCAGUGUCUCAACCGCGAUGUGUGGAGCAAUGAGGCUGUGAAGAACAUAAUCCGGGAACAUUUCAUUUUUUGGCAGGUAUACCAUGACAGUGAGGAAGGACAGAGGUACAUACAGUUUUAUAAAUUGGCAGACUUCCCUUAUGUCUCCAUCCUGGACCCCAGAACAGGCCAGAAACUAGUGGAGUGGCACCAGCUAGAUGUAACUUCUUUCUUGGACCAAGUGACUGGGUUCCUGAGUGAGCAUGGACAACUGGAUGGGCAUUCUACUAGCCCUCCCCAAAAAUGUUCUCGUUCUGAGAGUCUCAUUGAUGCCAGUGAGGACAGCCAGUUGGAAGCUGCUAUCAGAGCCUCAUUACAGGAGACGCAUUUUGAUUCCUCACAGGCCAAGCAGGAAAGUCGGUCAGAUGAGGAGUCUGAAUCGGAGCUUUUUUCUGGAAGUGAAGAGUUUAUUUCUGUUUGCGGAUCUGAGGAGGAGGAGGAAUCGGAGAAUCCUGCCAAGUUGAGGAAGUCUCCACACAAGGACUUGGGGUAUAAAAAAGAGGAGAGUCGGAGGCCUCAGCCUGAGCCCCCUGCAAGGACAGAGCCUGGAACAACACCAAAUCACAGAGUACUGCCCUGCAUUGAUGCAGGGAUAUUGGAGGAGUCAACUGACAAGCCUGAAAGUACAUUACAGGGCCUAGAUGUGAAUGGACCAAAGGCACAGCUGAUGCUACGGUAUCCAGAUGGAAAGAGGGAACAAAUUUCACUACCCGAACAAGCUAAACUUCUGGCUCUUGUGAAACAUGUCCAGUCAAAAGGAUACCCUAAUGAACGCUUUGAACUUCUUACCAACUUCCCUCGAAGGAAACUCUCCCACCUGGACUAUGAGAUCACGUUACAGGAGGCAGGCCUGUGUCCUCAAGAGACUGUCUUUGUGCAGGAAAGAAAUUAGCACUGUGGCCUGAGCUCUCCCAGCCUUUCUUCUCUCUCCUCUCUGCCUAGGACACCAACUAAUUAAAUAUGCAGUUGAGGGUCAUAGGAUUGCAGUGCUGAAAUCAGGCAGGCAGCUGGCUGGCCCUUCUCUCUCUUCUUCCCUUCUCCUCAUCUAGUGACCAAAUGAGAAUGUUCAGAGUUUUGUUUUUUUCCUCAGCUUGGACCCUGGGGAGAGCAUUGGGAAGAACAUCUUUCUUUGGGAAGAAUGCCUUUCCUUUGUUUUCAUGGAAUAAAAUAAAAGAGUAAUCUGUGCAUCCAGUAUGCUGGGGCUUGGAGUGGCCAUAACGUACAUCCCCAUCUCGCUGCUAUUCUUAAAUCUGUUUUGUUUAAUUUAUUUUUUAAAAUACUGUGUGAUAAGGCACUGAGUCAUCUCUCUGUAAGGGGAGAACGUACUCUUAGUCGAGUCUUACCUUUAUUUUUAUUCUCUGCAUGAAGGGUCUCCAUUAACCUUACAGCCUUCUUAAGGGAUCACUUAUCUAGCACUCUGCAGAAAAUUUAUUUUUGGGAAGGACUUGGGGUGAACUGUGUUAAGAUGCUCUGCUCCCAUCUAAUUUAAAGGCUUCUAGAUUGCAUGCAUAUUUUCUUCCUGCUUUAAAUGCUGCUAGUGAACACGGUGAAAAACAGGUGUAUUCAAUAUGGGAUUGACUGCUUGGCCCAGAAGGAAAGCUGCUUGUCUGCUGUUUAGCAGUUGACUGCUUUAUGAGUAGAUGGCAUUUCAAUUUGUUCUCUCCCCUACAUCCCCUAAAUGACUCCUCCUGUUUACUUUAAGGAUUUUACAAAUGAUGAUGGAAGGUGGCAGGAUGUUGUAAAGAUCUUCGAAUCUCUGGAAAACACCUAUCAUAAAGUUAAUAAUUAGUUGGCUUUUUUGCCUUUUUUUUUUCCCCCAGAGGUGACUAGCCUUGCAGGGGUUUUAGAAACUGACUGUAGUUGGCUGGAGAGCAAGUUCUAAGCAGCGUUUCUUUUUUUAAUUAAAAACAUAUACAAAGCCUUGACAGAUUGUAGAAUGAGUUAGUGCUCUAUGAAGGAUUUCCUAGUCAGGUGGCUUGAACCCUUAAGAUGCUUUUUACUCUAUUUUCAACUGUAUCUAUAAUGAAUUACCUUUAAAUCUGGCAGGUUUUAUUGAAAGCAGCAAUUAGUUUCCCUAUUUGAUUCAGAUUUUCUUUUCACCUAUGGAAGCUGGCAAUAGAAGUCCUGCAGGCAUAUCCUGUGUGUACAGCGGACAGUGCUGACUGCCCUAGUUUCCCAAGCUAUUUUAUCUUGAUGUAGGGUUGUUGGUAUAUUAUAGCAGAUAUUAGAGUUAGAUAAAAGUUCAUUAACGCGGCCAUCCUCAAGACUAAUGUGGAAGCAGAGUGUUUAUUUACAAUUAAACUCAGUCUAGUAUGCUCUUCAGCAGUGAAGAAAAAGGUGUGUAAGGCCUACCAUAAGUGUAACUUUUUCCCUGGACAAACAGGGAGGAGUUACAACAAGAAGUAUUAGGCUCUCUCUGCUAGUGAGCUCCACGCAGCAUGUCAGGGAGCGCUGGCUUCAUGACAUGACAUUGUUAAAUCGUUAAAUCGCUAUAUUUGUUAAAGAAAAAGACUUAGUGAUCAAAAACUUACUAUAGGAUAAAACUUUUCCAGAUAUUUUACCUUAAAUUUCAUACUCACCUGCAUGUUUUGGAGUCUUUAUAUAUAGGAAAUCAUGGAGUACAGAGAACAGUUCCUAUGAUAGUAUUAGCUCGCAGCUGUCCUCUACCCCAUAACUGAAGUUUUACAUAGAAUCAUAAAAUUGUAUAAAUUAAUUUCCCUUCUAUGUGAAAACUGUUUUGCGUUCCACUGCAUGUUACAGAAUGACAAAAGCAAAAUAUGAUGGCAGCUUCCUGAUCAGUGAGUGAUGUGAAAUCAGAUGUCAUUUUUGGACUGUAAAGAGAUCCUUCAAUGGAGGCUGCUUCCCAGCACUAGAAAGUAAGUGAAUUGCAAGGCCAGUGGAAGAAGGGGAAUGCUAUUAGUUGGCCUGUGAAGUGGCAAUGGCACUUCUAGACUGAAGGACCCUUUGUGUUUCUGGGGUAUCCAGAUUCAUAACUGGGUCGUAUGAGAGAGCAGGACAGAAGGAAACCCCUUCUGAUUCCACUGUGUGGAUCUAUAACUUUGGAUAGAUGCAGGUUUUUAUUCACUCUUGGAACAUUUUUCAUAUUAACUUUUCUAGCAGUGAAGUUAAACAUGCAAUAUUUUCUCUGAUCAUUCGGUCCCAUUCCUGUGUGUGUUUUAUUGGUAGCUUCUGUUUCCCCUCUUCCUCUCCCCAGUUGUACUAAUGUGUAGCAGGAGCUAGGCUGUGAGCUGAUGAAGUGAUCAGAUGUAAAAUAACUAAGAGCUGUAUCAGUAGUGCAGAAGAGGGCAGGCCGCACUGCAGGCAAGAGGAUGAACUUCUUGCAUCAAUUCUGCUGUGCACCGUUUAGAGCAUGGUCCCAUAUUGGGAACCUUCCUUUCCUAAACUCUUUUUCAGAGCUAAAAAUAUGUGACCUGUGAGGCAGCAGGCAGCUGCCAAAGCUCCUUCCCCUCCCUUCUGCUCAGCUCUAAGAAAAGGAAUAAUCUUACAGUGGUCAUCUUGUGAUCAAAUGCAAAAUUGGGAGCCCUGGGGUAGCUUUUUAUUGCUUUGGUUAUGCAAGAGCAGCUCGGUCACCUUGCACAAGGAAGUAAAGUUGUAUGUUGAAGCGCUGCAGCAAGUUGUUUAUUAAUCCAUCAAAAAUAUGCCUCUCUAACAUGGUAAAUGUUUUUGGCUGCUAGUGUAGUGGAACUAGGAGUUCUUAUGGUCUCACUUGCCUUUUUUAGGAAAAUGAAAACAGUCCUUUCAUUUCUUAAAUUUUUAUUUAGAGAAUAUUAAUCUCUUUACAACCUGAGAGGGAAAUAAGAAUGUCAACUGGAAGAUCUACACUGAAAAUGGCAUAUUUAUUCUGUCUCAUGGAAAAAAUCCAAAUGAAUUUUUAGCAGUUCCAGGUACUUAAGGUUUUUUUUUUUUUUCCCCUAGAAAUGCUGAGCCUGGAUUUUGUUUUGUUGGC